AUGCAGCAGUUACGUCGCGCUUUUCGCGUGUCUCCAUGUGCUUACACGUCGGCUCCAGUGUCUUCAUCUCUCUUGUCCUCCUUCGAAAGUGAUAGCUUAUUCUUAUCGUCGUCAUCCGGGGUUACCAAGGAUAUACCGUACAGCCAGAUUGGCAUGCUUCUCAGUCCCUUGGAUCCCACCGGACAGACCUACUGGGAUGCGCUCUUGGCAUCUUAUCCAACCGAUAUCUGUAUCCAGCAAGCCACACAAAGAGCCAUGAAACUCACUGACAGUGCUGGUCUGUUCCUUGGCUCCGCUUCCCCCAAGGUUGAUGUAGCGCCAGAUUACCGUGACGGAUUAACAUCCCACACCCGUGACCAGGAGGAUGCACUUGCCCCACCGACAUCUGUGUUGAAUCAGCUGGAACAGACGCAUGCGAAUCCACCUUAUCCUUCCGAAACCCUAUUACAUAGCUCGCUGUUUGAUACGCCAUCUGAGGCCCUAUAUUUUGAUGCAGCGGAAAAUAUGUAUGAUGCAUCUCCGACAUUACAUACUGCAGGUGGCCAUCAGGUUCGAGAUGCUACGGCGAAUCGGUCGCACCAUGAGGGGGAACAAUCACCUACGGUAAAGGAUCAGCCAGUUCAAUUUGACUACCACAUCCUUCAGCAACAAUACCACAAUGACCAUCGACCCAUGUAUCCCCUCUCUAUGUCAAGUAGCCAUCCCUGUCUGCAAACAGGAUCCUGUGACUCCGCAUCGGAUGAAUGCCGAGCAGCUGAUGACCUGUCUGUCAUUGCGCCGGUCCAUCCGUAUUACUACAACCAACAUGCCGAUCCCACGUUCCACGAUCAUGUUCGUCGACUUCAGCUGCUUCACUCAUGUAACUUGGAAGGAACAACACAGAUAAUGGAUAAAGAAUGGUAUCAAGGCACCCUCUCUUUGCUGGACGGUGAUUAUGGCCAGAUUCUGAACCACCCCGGCAAGAACGAUAUGGGCCAUGCGGGAUUCUCGGACAUCACUUGCGCCCACAUUUUACAAAAGGAAACCUCCAUUUUUAGUGAUGGCAUGUCCAUCAACCCAAGCAUACACAUGUCAGCACUGGAUAAUACGUACUGCAACAAAGAGGCUCAUAGCACGGAGUCAAUGUCUCCUGCUUCAUCACCCAACUCGUUCUGGUCCUCCUUGGAUUCCGACUGCUCCGAUCGACACAGCGGCGGUUCCCUUUCCAAGUCCAACUCGCCGUGCGCUGAAUCGGUCCACAGCGAUUACGAAGACUCCAACCACGCCUCGUAUUCCGAAAACGAAGACAUUGGAGCGGAACUGACGCCGUCAAGGGAAGAUCGGGAAGAUUCACUGUUACCUGAGUUGGGAGAUGAGCUGAGUGAUGCCGGCGAGGAAUCCGAUGAGUUUGACGAUGAUUACGAAGCUCAUUCGUCAUCAUCGUAUGUUUCCCAUUCAGCAUCUGCAUGCUCCACCAGAAAAACUCGAAAAAACUAUUCGCGCGAUACAACCACCGUGCUCAUGGACUGGUACUUAACGCACGACGGACGAACACCCGAUCCAGAGAACAAAGUACGAUUGGCCGGCCGAACCAAACUGUCCUCUGUUCAGAUUUCUACUUGGUUCCAAAACGCACGUCGACGACAGCAAAAGAAACUGGAAGAAUUCACAAAAUUGAAUGGAAAACAUCCCAACGAAGUGUACGACUAUCAUUCCUAUAUGAAAUUCCUACGACGUCGCCAAAGCGAACCCAUCGCACCCGCAAAAUCAUCUUCCAAAAGAAGAGCCUCUGCGCCAUCCUCAUCCUCAUGUACAAAAAAGCGUCGCAAGUAA